AUGACACAAGUUCAAGUGCCAAUUGACGCCCCCGCUGUUGCGAUCGACGGUCUCUAUGACAGGUUCCACGAUCGAUUUGCUACUGGUGCUACCCUUCCUGCAGCCUACAGAAUCUACAACCUCAAACAGCUUGCCUAUAUGAUCAAGGACAAUGAGGAGGCCAUAAAAGCGGCAGUGCUGAAGGACCUUGGUAAAGGAGACUUUGAUGUCUAUUUGGGCGAUAUUUGGAUCAUAUAUAACGAGGUUGAGCUUGCUGUGCGAAGACUCGAAUCGUGGAUGAAAGAUGAGAGUCGAAUGGGAGACUCUAUCCUCUCGAUGCAAGUCAUGCGACCCCGAGUGAAAAAGCAGCCGAAGGGUGUCGCGUUGAUCCUCAGCACAUGGAACUUUUUCUGGCAGCUGACCCUUACCCCCUUGAUUGGAGCCAUUGCCGCUGGCUGUCCUGCCAUAGUAAAGCCCUCUGAACACGCACCGACAUCUUCCGCCCUGUUGGCCGAGAUUUUGCCGAGAUAUCUUGACUCGGAGGCUUAUGGAACAGUGUUGGGAGGCUCGGAGGUAGCCAAGGCGCUAUUGGCGAAGCCAUGGGGACACAUCUUCUACACGGGUGGGGGCGAGAUUGGCAAGAUCGUCGCAAAGGCUGCAGCCCAAACAUUGACGCCAUCCACGUUGGAGCUUGGAGGCAAGAGCCCAGUGAUUGUCUCCUCGUGUGCAGACUUGAAAAUUGCUGCCAGGAGGAUGUUCAGUAUCAAGACAUUGGCAGCUGGCCAGAUGUGUGUGUCUCCCGAUUAUGUCUUAUGCGCUAAGGACCGCGUCGAUGAGUUUGUCGAGUUCUGCAAACAGACCCUUGACGAAUUCUAUCCUCCCGCUCCGUCUCCCCUCUCCCUACUCAGCACCCCCCAAUACGCAUUCCUCCGAACCGACGCUGCUUAUGACCGCCUGGUCGGCUACAUUGACCAAGCAGAUCGCGAAGGCAAGCUCGUCUACAAGGGCGAGAGAGACGAAGAGAAGAAGAAGAUGGGAAUCUCGGUGAUCCGGCUUGCUGAAGGUGCUGUAGGGGAGACGGGCAAGGUUGUUGAGGAGGAGAUAUUUGGGCCUGUAAUGGCUAUCAUUCCCGUCGAGAAUGUCGAUGCCGCGAUCAAGUACGUCAAUGCCGGCCCGCAUCCACUCGCUCUUUAUGUCUGCUCCUCCAAGCGCCAAAUCUUCACCAAAAUCAUCCACGAGACUACUAGCGGCUCUGCUACUUGGAAUGACUUUGGCUUUGCCACUUUCGCCCGCAACAUCCCUUUCGGUGGUGUCGGCGCAAGCGGCUGGGGGAGCUACCACGGUGUAGACGGUUUCAACACGUUCUCGCACAGUAAGGCUGUUCUUGAGAUCCCGUAUAUCUUUGAGCCUCUCAUGAGCUUGCGAUAUCCGCCUCUUGGGAGCUGGCAGAAGACGGUAUUGACGUGGAUGUUGUUUGUGGGAAUUCCGUUUGGAAGGCCGGAGUCUGUGGAGGCCGAGGCGGCUAUCCUCUGGAGGAAGAAGUGGGGCUGGAGAGCAGUGUACGUGGCUGCAUUGGCUGUAGCCACCGGUGGUCUGGUCUAUCAAGGAAAACCUCGAGGUUUCUAG